CAUAUUCUAUCUAUCCUUUUAUUAAUUCACAUAGUUAACCGGAAUCAAAAGAUAAGAGUUAAGUUUCAAUGGACAGAAGAAGAAGUCUGUUUGAAGCUGCUUGGACCGGGGACCUUACGGUCUUAAAGAGGCUAGUAAAAGAGGAUCCUCGAAUCCUUCAUUCUCCUUCUUUGUUAGGCGGAGACAAUCCAUUACAUAUUGGUUGUAUGGCAAGUCACUAUGAUUUUGUCAAAGAGUUGAUAAUACUGAAUAGCAAGUUUGCAUAUGAUCUGAAUGAAGACGGUUUAAGCCCACUUCAUAUCGCUGCAGCAAAUGGUGACUUCAAUAUCGUAAAGGAGCUCUUGGUUGCUAACAAUAUGGUAGAACUGUGUGAGGUUGAAGGAAAAAAUAUGUACAUCCCUCUUCAUUGUGCGGUUAUUAAAGGUAGAUGGAAGGUAGUCAAUUUGUUGAUUGAAACUAACCCUGAAUCCAUAGAGAAGUUUACUGCUCAAGGUGAGACUGUUCUUCACUUAGCCAUAAGGAACAACCAAUUCAAGACUCUGCAGAUUUUACUAGAUCAUCUCUCUCGAAUGGGCAAGCUCAAUUUACUGAAGAACAAAGAUGACCAAGGCAAUACCAUCUUGAAUCUAGCCACUUCCAAGAAACUACAUCAUCAGGUGCUUAGUUUGUUAGAAGAGAAUUUGAUUAAUAAUGACGAGGAGGAUAUCUUGUCACAAAAUGAUCAUAAUCAGGCCAUGGGGCCUCAAAAUGGAAAUUCAUCUGGUAACGAAUCACGUCAUGUAGUUUGGGCUCUUCCAAAUCAUGGUUCAGAUAAAAGAAAAUAUUAUGACAACGGAGAUGUUCGUAACUAUAUUCUUGUCGUCGCGGCCCUUAUCGUGGCAGCUACAUACCAAGCCAUCUUAAACCCCCCCGGUGAGACAUGGAAAUGGAAAGGGAGGAGGGACCACAUCUUUUUUUCUUUUAGGAAUUCCCAUUUUUCCGGUGAGAUGUUACUUUACGGCUCGUUCUUCAUCUUCAACUCAUGGGGAUUUUCUGCAUCUAUAUAUGUGAUGUGGUUGUCGAUGUCACGCAUCCCGACUUUUAGAAUUUUGAAAUUGGCAUUAGUGUUUCUUCUCAUUAGUUACCAAACAUCCAUUGCAUUGUCAAUUUCAGGAAAAUUCCAUAUUUUUGAAACACCUAAAAAUGAUCCAACAUUCAAAGGGCAGGUUGUAUGGAUAAUUUGUCUUACAAUAUGGCCAAUUCUUAUAAUCCCUGCCAUUGGGUUCCUUAAUAAGAUGUUUGUAAGAUUUUCUUAAAAUCGAACUAGCCUAAACCUUCAUUCCAUACUUGGGAUUCUAAUGAUCAAUGCUUACUAAAUGUGUGUUUCUGGAUUUUUUAUUUUUCUUAUAUUUCUGAAUCAAUGUAAUUGUGCUUAAAGUGUGUAUCUCAUGAUCAUGUUAUUGUGUUUAAAGUAUUUGUGGAUGGAUCAUGAAUGUAAUGCAGUUGUCUUUUUUAUA